AACCAAUCAUAUCGGUCAUACUGGAUAUAUCAAUACCGUUACUAUUUCUCCCGAUGGUUCACUUUGUGCUUCCGGUGGAAAAGAUGGAAUUACUAUGUUGUGGGAUCUUAAUGAAGGAAAACAUUUAUAUUCAUUGGAAGCCGGCGAUAUUAUUAACGCACUAGUAUUCAGUCCUAAUCGUUAUUGGUUGUGUGCUGCUACUGCAUCUUUCAUCAAGAUUUGGGAUCUUGAAACAAAAACUGUUGUUGAUGAUCUUAAACCAAAUUUCACAGAAACUGGAAGAUUUUCAAAAGAUCCCGAGUGUAUUUCUCUUGCUUGGUCACCAGAUG